GUUCAAAGCUGACUCGAACUUGGUAUCUGCAGCAGUUUCACUCCAUUAUUUCAUAGUUUUUAUGCCCAUAUUUCCAGAGCCAGCCAUCAAGAAAUGGCCAAAUCAUUGCCUGUAGUAGCCCAGGAAGAUUUGGAUAGCUUUACCUUGACCAGGACAGGCUCAGGCUUUGCACUCAAAGCUUUUCAUGUUUCUUGGAACACUCACAUCUCGGUGAAGCUGCUGACCAGCCGGGACACUACAGAGAGGGAGGGGAAGUUGCUACUUCAGGAUAUAGCAAAUGUCAGACACUAUGAGUCUGAACGUCUCCUGCCUUCUCUUGGGAUUUACCAAUACCACAGACUUGUGGGGAUAGUGACUGAAUGGAUGAACAAUGGAUCCCUCCACUCACUCAUCCAUGAGCAUCAACUGUACCCAGAACUUCCGUUUCCCUUACUCAUAAGGAUCCUGUUGGAUGUGGCUGAAGGGCUGCAAUACCUUCACAGCCUCGAGCCUGCUUUCUGCCACUGCAGCCUGAAACCUUCCAAUGUGCUUUUGGAUAUGCAGUACAGAGCGAAGAUAUCAGAUUAUGGUCUAACCAACUGGAGGAAACGGCAACUGAGGUCAGACCUGCAGAACUGCAAUUGGAGAAACUGCCAGGAUUUAGUAUACCUCCCUCCUGAAAUACUUGAAGGAGGCCUUCCUUCCCAGGAAGGUGAUGUUUACAGUUUUGGAAUACUGUGUUGGGAGAGCCUAAGCAGACGGAAACCUUUUGAAGGUCAAACAACCCUGCUGGAAGUUUUGACAGGAAUCUGCAGCAGUUUGCGGCCUGGCAUUUCAGAAAAGUUUAUACCAAGCAAUUUGCCUGAGAGAAAUACACUGUUACACCUUAUCGCUCUGUGCUGGCAUCAAGAACCAGAUUAUAGACCACGUACUGCAGAAUGUGUAGACCUUCUAAAUGGAAUUUCGACUAGUAUAAGUAAGGAGGCAAUUUCCACUGCAAUCUACAAUCUCAUGGAUGCAAAGGAGACAGCACUUAACGCAUGCAAAGGUUCAGAAAUAUACACAUUGCAGACGGGCAUAAGCAAUUCAGAGGUCAUCUGUUCACCAAAACCCAACCACGUAAUCAGCAAGAAAAUUCCUUUUGUAGUGCCAAGCUUGUCAACUAUUCUACUUGAUAGCAGUGCAACUAAUGCACGAAGAGAAAAUAUUCUUGAGAUGGGUCUGUCAAAUACUAUCCCACAGAACACAACAACAAAGAAAGAUCACCCGGGCUCUGACAGUAGAAAAUCAAAUUCCUUUUGCAUGAUUCCUUUAUCUGGUUCAACUGCAGGCAAAGAAAGCAGUCGGCAUAAGGACCCACCACUGGCUUUUAAGUACAGACCGCAACCUAUGCAUCUUGAACAAGCAGUGACAGACCCUUGCUGCAAAGGAAACUGCUGUCAAAUACUAGCCUGCCAGAGACAGACCAUACUGAGCUGCAUGACAGAAGGACGUCUCAACCACAUCCUCGAUGUCCUUCGCUCACAGCAAACGUUGUCCCGAAUGGAUUAUGAAACAAUUACCUCUUACCCCACAGUAACUGGCCGUGCUCGGGCAUUGUUGGACACUUGCCUUUGCCUGGGAGAGAGCGCAGCACAGGUUGUAGUAACUGCACUUUCAGUGACCAAAUGUAGUCCUCUGGGACGAGGCAGCCAUUGCCCAGACUGUCCUUCUAAGGUAAAUAGGCUGUUGUUGUGACUUUUUUUUUUGCAGUUUGUUACAUGGAUCAGAGCACUGGUAACUUGGAAUGGCAAUAAUUCAUAUUAAUUCCUCUAACCCAUUGACUGAAGUCAGUCCUUCCCACAGUCCAUGAUUUUAGUCCUCGAGUGGAAAAAGCUAGCUGGAUUAAAAGGUCAAGUCAACCACUGCCUGCAGAAAUUACCAAGACUGGUAUAACAAAUUCCAGUUUGGACCUCAGAGAUGGGAGGAGUGCAAUGUGUAUCAGAGGAAAUAUAGUUCAAGUCAGAUGACACCUUAUUUCCCUUAUUUUUUUAGAAGGGAGGAAAAUGGAUCAUGACUUUUUGGAGGUCGCACUAUGGAGGAACAGCUGUUACUAAAUCCUUCCAAAUAAGGAUAGCAAACAGGGUACUGGAUGAGGAGAAAAAAAUUACUGCCUUUCACUGAGCUCAUAUCUGAGCCAGCUGUUACAGUAAAAGGCUUAAGAGAAUCAAGAAAUAUUUCUUCAACAGGGCCUUAAGUAAGACUUGGAAAUUUUAUAUUAUGCAUAUAAAUUAUUUUGUUUUCACUCACAAAUGGUCAUAUGCUCUGAAAAUGGGGCACUGAUAGCAGCACUUUGGAGAAGUGGGGCUUAAAGUAUUUACUAAAUGGAAAAACGUUAAUACCUUACAUCCAUGUAGUUCUCUAAGUCUGCAGUUCAAAUGUAAAAUUAAACGAGGAAGAAGAGGUGCCAAGCUGAUCAUUUGAAACAGUGGUUCUGCUGAACUGUAAAGGAAAGUAGUAAAAUUAUCUUAAUUCUAAUGAAAAUGAGGUUAUAUAAGAUGCUGGGUUUUUGAAGGCACAGUGGGAUUCCUUCAAGCUUCAUGGCACUGGAUUAACAUGAGAACUUGUUGUACAAUCUACAAAUAUUUCAAAUGCAAACCCAUGUUACUCUGUUUCCCUAUGUUGCAUGUGUUCUCUCUGCAGUUUCAAACUGCUUAUUGAAUUCAGUAGUUUGUCAGGUUGCAAAAAACACAGUGAUGAUGUGUUUUCUAGGCACAUCUAAGAUAUAAGAAAUUUGUUACAUACUACAAUGCUGCUGGAACCAUAUUUUUUUACAUAAAUUCAUUAAGCUUUAAGACUGCCUUGAGAAAAUAUAUUGUUACAAUUAAAAACCAUGUCUAUCAGGAUAUGUUGAAAAUAGUUUUGCCUAUUAAAGGAGCUAAACAU